GGUUGGCCAAGUAAAAGGAAAGGGGCUACUGAGCCGCCGAGGCAUCAUCCUCUGCCUAUAUGAAGGCUGAUUUGCUCUCACGACGCAUAGUUUGCUGCGUUCCAGAUCUAUGUACAUGUACCCAUUAUUCUAACCUCCACCGUGCUCGAUCACUCUGUGCUUUGCUGCUUCAGGCAAACAUGGCAACCCCAAUCAGCACAUCACUUGGGGUUCUAGGAUCCCUUCUCGGUAAGCUCGAGAAGGGCCCUCUCAAAGACUACCUCGAAGAAAUUCUUGGCUACCUCGACGAGCUGUCGCGGUUGGAGGAGCCAACGUUGAAACAGAGGUCCUGGAUGAAGGAGGUGCGCGAGCUGUCCUACGACAUAGAGGACCAUUUGGACGGGGAUCAGCUCAUGAGCGCCGAGUUCAGCUCCCAUCUGGAAGAAGCAAUUAAGCGAUACAAAAGGUAUAACCUCCAUGGUUCCCCGCUCCACCGUAGAUAUUUGCCCGUUUGCCAUCAGCCAACAACACAGUACAAAGAGGUCGCCAAUCUGUUCCCUAGCUCGGCGGGAGAGCUCGUCGAGUGUCUGAUCGAUGAUGAACAGGAACCGUUGAAAGUUGUAGCAAUUGUUGGGCCCGGAGGGGUUGGUAAGACCAUGCUUGCCAGAAACCUCUAUCAAACUGUAGGAGGGAAAUUCGACUGCCAAGCUUUUGUGCGGGUGACCAGAAAGCCUGAUAUGAAGAGGCUUCUGAGGGAUAUUCUCUCGCAAGUUUGGAGCUACCAGCCGGCUGACGCUUGCGGGAUGCAGGAACUUAUUGAUGCCAUAAAAGAGCACCUUCGUCAUAGGAAGUACUUGAUUGUAAUGGAUGAUAUAUGCACUACAUCAUUAUGGCAUAGUAUUCGUCGAGCCGUUCCAGAAGGCAGAAGCGGCAGUAGAAUAAUAAUAACUGGACAGAUUGAGGAGGUUGCAUUAACAUGUUGUGGUUAUCACCCAAAGUGCAUUUUUAAUAUGAACCUUCUCACAAUGGAGUUUUCAAAAAAACUAUUUUCCAGCAUAGCCUUUAACUCUGAAGAUAAUUUCCGUAAUCAUGACACGGAUGACUCUUCUGAAGAUAAUUGUCUUAAGCAAGUCAGGGAUGAUUCACUUGAAAUUAUUGAAAGAUGUCUUGGGUUGCCGCUAACAAUUGCCAGCAUAGCUAGCCUUUUGUCGUGCUUUGUAGCAAGCCAACAAGAAGAUGUGAAACCGAUGGUGCAACAAUGGAAGCAUGUAAAUCAUUCAUUACGGUCAAAUAAUCUGCUGCCUGGAAAUUUUACCCCACAAGUAGCAAAGCAAGCCCUAAACCUUUGCUAUAAUAAUCUUCCUCGCCAUCUGAAGACAUGCUUGCUUUAUCUUACUAUAUAUCCAGAAGAUUAUACAAUCCUAAAGGACGAUUUGGUAAAACUGUGGGUGGCAGAAGGCUUUAUAACUGCAGUUGGCGGGCAGGAGCAGGCCAUGGAGGAAGCAGGGAAGUAUUUUGAUGAACUUGUACAGAGAAGAAUGAUCCAGCCUGUAGAUAUCAAUGAUAACAAUGAGGUUUCGUCGUGCACACUGAAUAGCAUGGUGCUUGAUCUUAUCGCCAACAAGUCAGUAGAAGACAAUUUCGUCGCGGUAGUGGACAGAUACCAAGGGCUGAUAGGACUUUCCGAGAAGGUUCGUCGACUGUCGCUUCAGUUCGGCAAUGCAAGACAUGCAAAUAAUGAACAAGAAUAUAUCAGUUUCUCACAAGUUCGGUCACUGGCAUUUUUCGGGUUUUAUAAAUGCAUGCCACCAAUUGAAGAGUUUGAACUUGUUCGAGUUUUGGUCCUUCAGAUUUGGGGAGAUAACUGUGGGACAACUGUUGACCUCAGUGGAAUUUCCGGACUGCGGCAUCUGAGACAUCUGAAGAUUGCUUGUGACACCAUCAUUGAUCUUCCGACACAGAUACGCCAGCUGCAGUACUUGAUGACAAUUGAAAUAGAUGCAACGGCAACAAGCGUUGUUCCGUCGGAUAUUGUUCGUUUGCCGGGCUUGUUCCAUCUUCUUCUUCCUGUUGAUGCGGAUAUGCCUGAUGCAAUCGGGGACAUGUCAUCUCUCCGCACACUAGGCUAUUUUGAUCUCAGCAAAUACUCAAGUGACAUGGUCCGUAGUCUUGGUGGGCUGACCAAUCUGCAACAUCUUCAUCUCACAUGUUCAGCGUCAACCCAUCUGGAGUCAAAAUUUAACACGCUGGGUUCAAUCAUAGAGAGUCUUGGCAAACUCAAAUCUGUAACCGUAGUUCCAAGAAGGUUCUUACACAAAAAGUCUUUUGCCCCUGGCCCUUCAGCUCUCCAAAUCUCCUGGGACGAUUUCUCUCACCCUCCUCCGUUUCUUCAGAAUCUGGACUUCUCCCCUCGCAUUUGCACUUUUGCCCGCCUUCCAAAUUGGACCAGACAACUCGGCAAGCUAUCUACAUUGAAGAUUGCAGUCCAUAAACUGCAGAAGAUAGACGUUGGUGUUCUUGAAGAGUUGCCUGCCCUAACAGUUCUUUCUUUGCAUGUCAAAAGUGCCCCGGCUCAACUCAUUGGUUUCCGCAAGGGUAAAUUCCCCGCUCUCAAGUUGUUCAAGUUCACAUGCAGCGUGCCAUGGCUGGAGUUCGAGGAAGGAACGAUGCCCAAUCUACAAGAGCUACACCUCGGCUUCAACGCCCAUGGGGCGGCAGCGGGCGGUCAUACUCCUGUGGGCAUGACGCACCUGUUAAGCCUCCAGCUACUGCGCGGAGUAAUCGGGCGCGUCCAGGCAGAGCAAUCCGAUAGAGAUGCUGCUGAAUCUGCGCUAAGGAGCAUCACUGAUGCGCAUGGAGCAAGAAGGCCCGUGGUCAACAUCCGUUGGGUAGAUUGGAAUUUCUAUCCAGUCUAUGACAACACCCGCAGCUUAAUCCGUGGGAUACUUUCAUCCUCUGAGCUGAAAGGAGCUGUUUCCAAUCUCGAAAACUCAGAAUCACAGCGAGAGCACAAAUUCCAACAGUCUGAAAUGUCCGAUUGGACCAUGGCAACCAUACCGGUUGUGCAUGUGGAGCUUUAUGCUGAUCGACGUGAAGUUUGUUCGGUGGCAACCAUACCAGAUUCUUCUGUUAAAUCUUGCAUCAAUCAAGUGCAACAAAUUAUUCAGGCUGGAGCCUUGGGAGUGUAUAAUGAGCUCUCCGAGCUACUGCAAAAAAUGCAGCAGAUACACAAGUUUCUCGUUUCUGGAAUGAGGAUAGAAGUAUAUAGCACCAUCAUUUGGCUUACAGACGUAAAGGAUGCUAUGUCUGAAGCUGACGCCAUAAUUGACUCUCUCAGAUCUGAAGGUGAACAAGAAAGUCAUGCAUCAUCGCCAUCGCCAACAAGCAUAAUUGCAUGUAUUCCAGUUCAGUUUCUCUCCUGUGUUCAUACUGUUCAGAAGCGUCCUAAGAUUAAUGCUAGAAUUAGAAAAACAAAGAUCUCGGAGCUGCAGCAGAGAGUUAAGACACUUGCCGAUACAGAACCAAUUGUCAAAGCUUCACCAUGGAAUCGAAAUAUCUCCCACCUAUUAGAACCCAACCUUGAGGGAGAGGAGAUCAUAAAUGCUAGCGGAAAAUUGGCAGAUUUGGUAGUCGCACUUGCACAUAAGCGGAAGAAAGUUCACAAGCUUGCAAUUGUUGGAAAGGGAGGAGUUGGCAAGACAACAUUAGCGCAAAGGGUUUACAAUCAUCAUAACGUGAGAGGGAUCUUCAGCAAACAAGCAUGGCUUUGUGUUUCUGGUGAAUACUCUGACAAUACACUUAUAAAAGAACUUCUUAAAAAUAUUGGCGUGCCUCAAGAGAAAGAAUUAAGGAAAGAAGAGCUCAGGAGUAAGCUAUCAGAAGCAAUUAAAGGCAAGAGUUUAUUUCUGGUGUUGGAUAAUGUGUGGACUUCUCAUGUCUGGACUGAUCUACUAGAAGCUCCAUUGGAUGCUACAGCUACAGCACUAAUUUUGGUAACAACCAGAAACAUUGAAGUUGCACAAGAAAUUGGGGUACAAGUACAGCAUGUGCAUCAAGUUGAAUUAAUGAGAAGAGAAGUUGGAUGGGAGUUAUUUUGGAAGAGUAUGCACAUAAAUGAAGAGGAAGAAGUUAAAAAUCUGAAGGAAAUAGGGAUGCACAUUGUUGAUAAGUGUGGCGGCCUCCCUCUUGCAAUCAAAGCUGUGGCUGGUGUCCUAGCGACAAAGGACAAAAACAAGAAACAAUGGAAAAAGAUCCUGAAAAGCAGUGCUUGGUCUACAAAUGAAGCUUCUACUGAACUACAUGGUGCUUUUUAUUUGAGUUAUGAGGAUCUACAACCAUAUUUGAAACAAUGCUUCCUUUAUUGCGCCCUAUUUCCAGAAAAGUGGACUAUGAAUCGUGAUGAUCUAGUCCGAUUCUGGGUUGCUGAAGGUUUUGUAAAAGACAAAGAAAAUCAACUACUAGAAGAUUCAGCAGAAGAAUACUACUACGAGUUGAUUUACAGAAAUCUCCUAGAACCAGAGCCCAUAUAUUUUGGCCACCAAUGGUGCAAAGUGCAUGAUCUUUUAAGGCAGUUUGCUCUAAAUUUAUCAAACGAAGAGUUCUUUUCUGGAGAUCCAGAAUCCUUGGAUUCUAAAACUUUGUCUAGACUAAGAUAUAUUUCAGUUAUUACAGGGAAGAAUUUGGUACAUUUCCCGGCAAUGGGUACAGGCCUUAAAGAAGUAAAGACAUUGAUUUUUAAUGGUGACAACUCAACAUCAAUUGAAAGUACAGUUUUUCAACAGUUUCACCAUGUUAAAGUUCUGGAUUUGACUGGGUUACAUGUAGGGAACCUUACAGAAUACAUUGGAAAUUUGGUCCAUCUACGUUUACUAGAUCUUGACGGUACUGAUGUAUCUUGCAUUCCAGAGUCAAUUGGUUCUCUCAGAAGCCUGGAAGUAUUGAACCUGCAGAGGUGCGAUUCUUUGCAUAGUCUCCCUUCUGCAAUUACCAAGCUGUGUAAUUUGAGGCGCCUUGGCCUUGGUGGUACAUCAAUAGACCAGGUCCCAGAAGGGAUAGGUAACUUGGCAUUUCUUAGUGAUUUGGAAGGGUUUCCGAUAGGCACUAGCCGUGAUAAUACUAGAAUGCAAGAUGGGUGGAAAUUGGAAGAGUUGGCUUCACUUGUUCAGUUGAGGCGGCUUGAUGUGGUCAAAUUGGGUAAAGCACUUCCAUGUGGUACAAGUUCAUUUCUUGAAGACAAAGAACAUCUCAAAUUUAUUGUACUACGCUGCACAGAACAAGCUACAGACAAACCAUACCCUGAUGAAGAUGUUAGAAACAUAGAGACAAUCUUUAAGCAGUUAACUCCUCCUAAAAACUUGGAAGAUCUAGCCAUUGACAGAUUCUUUGGCCAGUGUUAUCCCACGUGGUUAGGUUUAGGUACCCAUUUACCAUCAGUAAAACAUUUGACACUUGCUAAUUGCAUAUCAUGUGAGCAGCUGCCACCAGUCGGGCAGCUACCCAACUUGAAAUACCUUAGAAUUGUGGGGGCAACCGCAGUUACAAGGGUCGGACCAGAGUUUAUUGGCCGUGGGAUCGGAAAUCCCAGUUCGUCGCAGGCAGUAGCAUUCCCAAUGCUUGAAUUCCUCAUGAUGAGAGACAUGACCAACUGGGCGACGUGGUCCUUUGUUGAGGAGGAAGAGAUCCAGCAGGAGAGUACUCCAGGAAACAAAGAGAUGGCACUGCAGCUACUGCCACGUCUGAAGGAGCUGCAACUUGUCAAUUGUCCCAAGAUAAGGUCGCUCCCAUCACACCUCGCACAGGCUUCCAGCUUAAAAGUGAUCCAGUUAAGAUGGGCCAGCAGCUUGAAUGUGCUGGGGAACUUGCCCUGGCUUUCUGACAUCCUUGUACUGGCAACAUGUAGCAACCUGGAGACUAUCUCCAACCUUCCUCUUGUGACAGUGCUACGCCUACAGAAAUGCCUGAAUUUAAGAUCUGUUGAGAACUUGGACAAUCUGCAGCAAAUCUGGCUAACACAGGACAUGAAAGAUACCUCUUCACAGUGGCUAUCACAGCUUCAGGAACAGCAUCGGCGGCGCCAUAGUAAAGAAUUAGAUGUCUACACAUGGCGAUAACGUGUAAAUGUUCGUUCAGUUGGAUGACAACAGGAGAUGAUGAAAGUUUGGAGGUGGACUAAUGAGGACUUCUCAAAUGUAGGACAAGCAUCAUUUUCAGGCAGCGUGGAUUGGAGUCAUCUUAUCAAAUGUUGUGAGCAUGCCUACAAAAUUUUUUAUUUGGAAAGAGCAUGAAGUCUACUACUUAUUUCCAACAAAUAAAUGGAAUGGGAUAUGGACAAUCCUACUUGGCUUUCCAACUGAUUGCGGCGAUUCGACGAGGCCUCCCGCGGCGCGUGCGGAUGCGGAAGGGCGCGUGCAGGCGCCGGGCGGGCGCAAAGCUGCGGCGCGCCGGCCAAGGCGGAGGCAGCCACGCGCGGCAGGCUGGGCCGUGCAGAUCCGUGAGGAGAAACAGAGGAACCAUUUUUCAGGGGAAUCAAAAAUAUUUUUUGAGGGGAAGAAACAGAGGAACUGAGAAAGUGGUAGAUUGGAUUUGUUCUGUUAACCAUAAAAGUCGAUUGUCAGUGUUUUGUUGUGCACUAGCAGAUUAUAAAUGGACCAAAUUGUAUUUGUUUGAUUGUUGAUUUGUAUAAGCAAGAUUGUGGCAGUGUAAAUGUGGACGCAAUGGUGUAAAUGCCAAUGCAAUUGCAGCGAUCA